AUGGACAGUCUCGUGUGGACAGUCUCGUAUGGACAGUCUUGUAUGGACAGUCUCGUAUGGACAGUCUCGUAUGGACAGUCUUGUAUGGACAGUCUUGUAUGGACAGUCUCGUAUGGACAGUCUCGUAUGGACAGUCUCGUAUGGACAGUCUCGUAUAGACAGUCUCGUAUAGACAGUCUCGUAUGGACAGUCUCGUGUGGACAGUCUCGUGUGGACAGUCUCGUAUGGACAGUCUUGUAUGGACAGUCUCGUAUGGACAGUCUCGUAUGGACAGUCUCGUAUAGACAGUCUCGUAUAGACAGUCUCGUAUGGACAGUCUCGUAUGGACAGUCUCGUAUGGACAGUCUCGUAUGGACAGUCUCGUAUGGACAGUCUCGUAUGGACAGUCUCGUAUGGACAGUCUUGUAUGGACAGUCUCGUAUGGACAGUCUCGUAUGGACAGUCUCGUAUAGACAGUCUCGUAUAGACAGUCUCGUAUGGACAGUCUCGUAUGGACAGUCUCGUAUGGACAGUCUCGUAUGGACAGUCUCGUAUGGACAGUCUCGUAUGGACAGUCUUGUAUGGACAGUCUCGUAUGGACAGUCUCGUAUGGACAGUUUCAUUACAACUUUAUUGCUUUCAAGAGGUCAAACUGGUGACUGUACUCUUGAAUCAUCCCAAACGGACGAGGCUGGCGACAGUUCUGUACAGAUUGGGAAUCAUGAAGAAGCCUUUGAGCAUGUGUGUGAUGGUGUUGAAAGAAACAUUAUAGGAUAUUCGCCGGUUGAAUAG